AUGAACGGUUUGUAUCCUACUAUCAAAUUUGAAUUGGUUUACUCUGACAGUCAUUUGAAUGUUCUUGAUAUCAUGUUGCAUUUUCAUGACGGGUUCAUUAGCACUGGUGUUUAUGCUAAACCCACUGAUAGCCACCUCUACCUACCAUUUUUGAGUUCACACCCAAUACAUUGCAAAAGAGCAGUCCCCUUUGGGGCAGCUUUAACAAUCAAAUGCAAUUGUUCUACUGGUGACUUUUUACAAAAUAGAUGUAAGGAAUACAAAGGGUAUUUGAAAUUGCAAAAUUAUGCAGCAGAGCUUGUUGAUAAACAGUUCGACAAAGCUCUUAGUAUACCAAGAGCCGAACUGUUGAGGGAAAAUGUCAAGCCAGCUUAG